AUGUUAUCGUUCUUUUCUACAUUCACUGGUCUUGCUACCUUACUCUCGUUACUCGGAAAUGUACAAGCUAGAUCAAACUCAACCAAUGGCCCCUCGUGCGGAGUCGCAAAGGCAGACGACAGCUCCUACUUCAGUGUCGUCGGAGUGCAGGGAACCGGAGUGCACCCCCGACAGGAACUUCGUGAGCUUGAGAAGGACACGGAAUUAUGGAAUGUCUUUAUCCAGGCGUUUGCUCGCUUCCAGGCUAUGGACCAGAGCCAAAAGACCUCUUUCUACCAGGUCGCAGGGAUACACGGAGUGCCCUUCAAGCAAUGGGACGGUGUGAACGGAACAGCUGGGCAAGAGAUGAUGGGAUACUGCCCUCACACGUCUAGCAUGUUCGGUCCCUGGCACCGACCUUAUCUUGCGUUGUUCGAGCAGGUUCUCCAUGAUCGUGCUGUUGACGUUGCCAAUGAAUAUCCUAUCGGCGAGGCCCGUAACAAGGCCUUGGAUAUCGCUAGCCGAGUACGUCUUCCAUACUGGGACUGGGCGAUGGAUCCGCCAAACGCCCAGGAAGGUGUUGUACCUGAAAGCGUCCGUUGCCGAACACAUACUGUCACUUUCCCCAACGGGACUGUAGCAGAUAUCCCAAACCCGCUGUAUCGAUACGACUUCCAUCCUCUGAUGUAUGACGACUUCGCUGCUUUGAGUGAAUUCGAGUUCAAGAACUGGAACCACACUAUUCGGUACCCACUUGAUCCGCAUGCCGCCAACGCCACCAGUCGUAACAGCGAUGUCAACGCGCGAGUCGGCAAACAGCAACCCAAUCUUCGCGAUAUGCUCUACAAGUUGUUGACAACUUACCAGCCUUUCAGCCAAGUAAGCAAUAAGGCGAAUGGUGGCAAGAUCGGAAAUUUCGAAACUCUCCAUGACGGUCUGCAUAACGUCUUCGGACUAGGUCAUAUGGGCAUAGUCGAGGUUUCAGCUUUUGACCCCAUCUUCUGGUUCCAUCAUUGUAACAUCGAUCGAAUCAUAGCCAUGUACCAAUCUCGCUAUCCCGAUACUUGGAUUGAAGACGCCGUACAACAUUCAGGCACGUUCGCUGUCGCCAAAGGCAGCGUUCUCGGCACUGCUUCUCCGCUGGCACCGUUCCAUAUGAAUGCUCUCGGCGACAUGUGGACUGCCACCACUUCGCGGAACUGGACUUCCUUUGGAUAUACCUACCCUGAGGUUGCCAACAACCCGAGUAAUGCGACACUGACAUCAUCCAUCAAUCACCUAUACAAAUCUCAGACUCAGGGCUUGAGCGAUACCAAUGCGACGAUCCCAGCCCCAGGGGACAGCCCCGACAACCGCACGGCACAGGCUAUCGACUGGCAGUGUGAAGUCAACAUGCCGACCGAUAUCAAGAUAUCUUACUCCGUUCGCGCCUUCCUUGGCGAACCAAGCUCUAACCCGAUUGACUGGCCUACGGACCCCAACUACGUCGGUCAACUGGCAUCGAUGUCUUCUCCUCGAAUGAGUUCCUCGGUCAUUGUCACGGGUAACAUCGGCCUGACUGAGAAGCUUGCGCAGAAGCAUGCGUCCGGCGAGCUCAAGAGCUUGGACAAGGAGACGGUGCAAGCCUAUCUCAAGGAAAAGUUCAGCUGGCGCAUCCAGGCUUUAGACUUCAGCGAGAUCCCACGGAACAAUCCACCAGCAGGCUUGAACGUUACUGUAUUCAACGUGCCAGUCAGUAUUCCAGAGUCCGACACGGAAGUACCAACUUGGAACGGCGACGUCGAAUACAACGACGAUAUCGAAGGCAAUCCACCCGUGUACGACGGACCUGGGCCCGAUGGCACCAACUCGACACUCCCCGCAGACCAGGCAAGUGGAUCCUACAACGCCGUAUCCGGCGAGUUUGUGUGGAAAAAAGCGCCAGAUGCUGCCCCCAACGCUGGUGCUGCGGUGCCUGCUAACCCCAAGACUGAAACAAUGCUCUUGGAGUCUGUCAUCACGCAGUAUGUGGCACUAGGUGCUUCUGCUACUCUGACAUCUGCGCCUACUCCGACGACCACGCCUGAGGUCUCUAGCAAGCCGGUUGUGUCGGAACAAGCACCUGAGCCUACUGCGCCUGCUGAUCCGCGGACUACGGUAGUGACUUCAGUUAUCGUGGAGUAUGUCACUGUGUAA